AUGGCUGACCGGGCCACCCAGCUUGAGACUUAUAAAGCUGCUGCAAGCAACCAUCGCUCUCGGCUUCAGGCAGCUGCUACCAAAGAUGAGGCGCUCAGUCUGGCGAUCAGUGUGGCUGAGAAUCUGAUGAAAGCGCUCAAACUAUCGUCGAAUCCGGAUGAAAAGAAGCAAAUCAAGGCCCAAUGCGGCGAAAUGAUGAAUGUUGCUGAUCGCAUCAAGAGCACCGAGACAUGGACACCUUUAGUCGCACCCCAGUCCUCAAGCUCCAGAGAUGAGCGGGUCGGUCAAUGGGCUGCCCAGUUCGCUAGGAGUGCGACUCCAGGUACGGUCUUUGAAGACUCUACUACGCGUUCAGACACCUCCCGUUGCGAUAUUUCCUCGACUACAGGGCCCGUCGAUGGUUCAGCAGCUUCAGACGUCUCUUCGAUAAUCCCUCUCGUCAAGCAAGCUAUUUGCGAAGAUUCCAUGCCACUUAUUGAUUUUUUGGAUGACACUUUCCCAGUCAACGUACCAAGCGCACUCACUGAUGCAUCGCACGAAGAUAGCUCAAACGCCAAGAUUGGCCAUGAUCACCACACAAAGGACAUACGCAAUGUGGAGUUGAUCCCAUCUGCAACACCACACCAUUCUAGUCAGCGCCCUCAGCCGAAGGCACCUAUGCCGCAAACAGCGGCCCUAAGUCCAUCAACUACACCUCACUCUCAGGUACACAGGCUACGAGAGCCAGUUUCAACCAGAAAAUUACCCGCAAAGGAGAGCAUCAUCUUGUUGAAGGCUUCCAUGGUCAACGGCUUCAAGUUUCCGCCUUGGGACAAGACGCCGUCUGCAGACGAAUUCACCUCGGAAGAGAACGUGGCUCCCUACACGGACACCCGCGAUCUGAGUCUGUCGUCAUACCAGCAGCAAUUCUUCUUAAGUUGGCUGCGUGCCAAAGAUGCUGUCCCGCCACCCUCGCAGUUUCCUAACGGCAGGACUGGCAUCGGGCCCUUGAUGUCUAGCACAAGGCCUCUAGAUCUUGUACAGGAUGCAGCUUCAGAUUGCUCAGUGGUUACAAGCUUAUGCGCUGGCAUUGCUCGCUCCGAACGGGGUCACGAUGAGAUGCUCACAAACAAGAUAUACCCAUACGAUAAGCAGCUUGGAAAGCCAGUACUCUCGUCUAACGGCAAGUAUAUUGUAAGGCUCAACUUUAAUGGCUGUUGGAGAAGGGUGGUUAUCGACGACCGGUUACCAGUCUCAAAUACCCAUCGGCUGCUCCAUGUCAUCGACCGCCGUAAUCCAGCGCUCUUAUGGCCAGCGUUACUUGAAAAAGCAUAUCUGAAAGUCCGUGGCGGGUACGACUUCCCUGGGAGCAGUUCAUGCAGUGAUCUCUGGACGAUGACCGGCUGGAUACCGGAACAAGUAUUCUUGCAAGAGGCGGAUACAGUUCCAGAGCAGCUGUGGAAGCGUAUAUACAACGCUUUUAUGUAUGGCGAUGUUCUUGUCACGGCAGGUACUGGAAAGAUGUCGACUAGGCAGGAGCGCGAACUCGGUCUUGAGGGCCAACACAGCUACGUCGUGUUGGAUAUGAGGGAGACAGAUCAUGAUCGACUGUUGCUCGUCAAAAACCCAUGGGUCGAAGGCAAAGGCUGGCGCGGCCCUCGUCCUUUGGCUGUGACGGCCAUAGAUACGUCUGCGUCUACCUCUAGUGGCGGCUCUAACAACAGCCUCGAGAGCUAUCAUAGGGACAGCGUUCCGACUCAGGAUCGACCGCACCCAACCACAUUCUGGAUCGGGCUUGAGCAGGUCAUACAACACUUUGAGAGCCUGUACCUGAACUGGAACCCUGGCCUAUUCCAGUAUCGACAAGACAUUCAUUUCGAGUGGAAUGUGGAGUCGUCGCCAGGCGGUUGCCUUGUUAAGCAUCCUCAGUUCGCCUUUACUUCUAAGCGUGCCGGCCCUGUGUGGUUUCUCCUUAGCCGCCAUUUCCGAGACACAGCAGCAGUUGCUAAAGAGGGGUCAGAUGCAUUCAACGAUGGAAGCAUUCGCCCUGACUCCCAAGUCAACUCUAACGGAGAUGCACCGAAGGGAUACAUGAGCAUAUCUAUCUGUAAUGGCCAGGGAGAACGACUAUAUAUGAAGGAUACCUACCUAGAGUCGAGCGAUUACGUUACAACGCCGCAGUGUCUUCUUCGCGGCGACACGGACGCGAACUCGACCUAUACAGUGGUGAUCGAUCAAGACGACUUGCCUCCAUCACUAUACAGUUUCUCUCUGUCAGCAUUCGCAAACUCGCCCAUCACACUGGAACAGGCGGCGCAGCGGUACCCCCUCCAGAAGACGGAAGAAGGCGCUUGGACGAGGCAGACCGCUGGCGGUGGCACAGACUCAUCGAAAUACUUUGAUAAUCCUCAGUAUUGGCUCACCGUCCGGGAACGCAGUUCACUAGCCAUUCUGCUCACGAGUACAAACCACGAGCACCCGCUACAUGUCAAACUUGCGCUGGGACAGGGAAAGAGGUUAUAUCGUCUCCAGAGUCGCGAUGUACUUGCAGACUCGGGUGAUCACCGCAGUGGGUGUGUUUUGGCGGAGAUCAAGGACCUUCAGCCGGGCUCCUACACGAUCAUUUGCUCGUUGUUCGAAGCUGGCCUGACUGGUGACUACAAACUCCGAGUUGACAGCACGAGCGAGGUAGUGUUGAAGCAGGUCCCGCGCGAUGGAGCAGGACUACUUUCGAUGAAGCUCGCUCCGGCCUGCUUCGGUGCCAACAUACAUAAAGUUGCUGCCCCGUUGUGGCCUAUGCGCUUGGCUUCGUAUACCAUUAUUGCUAGAUUCGCCAAGGCAACAAGCCCUCGCGCCAUGGAUUUGGGCAAGCUAGCGCGCAGUCCGCUUCGACUGAGUGUUGAGAUUGGUCGAGGUCCAGAGCGCAAGUUCAUCAUCGCGAGCGAACAAGGAGAGUAUUCGGAUACUGCCACAGUUCGGUCCGAGAGUGUUAACAUUGACCCGAAGCUCACCACGCAAGGCGAUUUAUGGCUUGUGCUGGAUAGGUUGUCAGGCUCUGGAGGGCCGAUAGAGGAAUGGUAUGACGUGGAAAUCUACACGGACACGCCCAAGGCAUGUGAAAUUGGAGUAUGGCGGGAAUGGGAUGACUGA